CUUCUCUGUAUUUAACGUUCUCUGUGUUUUACUUCACGGAAAUAUACAAUAAAUAACCAAAAUCAUGUUCCAGAAAUCAGAGUUAUCAGUUUGGCCUAUAAUCUUAGGCAAAAUACUUCCUCUACUAGCAGGUGUCCCAUCUGCUCACAAGCAUGGAGAGGAUAACUGCGGCGCUGGACGUGUUAUUGAAGGAAGCAAAUGAGCUAUAUAUUGGCACAGAAGUAGUCGAACUAGAUCAAAUACCAAAUCCAAUAGAAUUUGCGCGCAGUUUUUAUGCCAAAAGUCAACCAGUGGUAAUACGUAAUGCGGUCAAGCAUUGGCCAGCGGUACAAAAGUGGAAUCCAUCGUAUCUAGAGCAAAUGCUUGGCAAAAAAUUGUUAGACGUCACAACAACGCCUAAUGGUUACGCGGACGGCUUGGCAAAACAAGAUGAAACGGAGUAUUUUGUGCUUCCUCUGGAGGAGAAGAUGUGUAUGAGGGAAUUCUUGGAAAGACUUGAUGACCCUACUGGAGCAAUACACUAUAUUCAAAAGCAGAAUUCAAAUUUCACCACCGAUUUCCCAGAGUUGGCAGAUGAUAUUAAUGUUAACGACUUAAAUUUUGCUGAAAAAUGUUUGAAUACCCCGCCGCUGGUAAAUUUUUGGAUGGGUGAUGAGCGCGCUGUCACAUCUAUGCACAAAGAUCCCUUCGAUAAUAUAUAUUGCGUUAUCGCUGGACAUAAGGACUUUAUAUUGCUACCACCACACCAAGUAGUAAAUAUUCCUCGGCAACAAUAUCCCGUCGGACAAUAUCGACGUAAUACACUGGGUCAGUUCUAUAUUGAGCCAGUGUUGAAUGAGCGUGCCGAAGAAAAUGAAUCUAAACAGAUGCAAACCGAAUGGAUUAGUAUCGAUCCAUUAGCACCGGAUUUAGGCAAAUAUCCGAAGUUCGCACAAGUCCAUCCUUUGCAUGUGCGUGUAUAUGCCGGUGACGUUUUGUUUCUGCCUAACUUUUGGUUUCACCACGUGCAACAGAGUCACAAGUGUAUAGCCGUGAAUUUUUGGUAUGAUAUGGAGUUCGAUAGUCGGUACUGUUAUUUUCGUAUGUUAGAAAAACUUUUGGAAAUAAAUCCAAAAUAAUUUAAAACUGGCA